AUGGAAGCAUCAAACGAUAUCAUUUUACCAACCAAUAUAAUCAAACAAAUCAGUGAAGAAAUGAGUGGAAAAGAUCUCUUUCAUUUUACACUUGCAACGUAUUAUUAUCUUGAUAUCACUGAUUACCAUUUGAUAAAGUUGCUUCACAAUCGACCAAAUAUCUCUUUGACAAGUGAAAUCGAGUCACUCAUUCGUAUGUCCAAAUCGCCUUAUUUUUUAUUGGAUGAUAAAAUUGCUGUUGUUUUAUCAACGAAUAAAUGGAAUACAUUUGUUUAUGGACCAUUCACACUAAAUAUAAUUGAGAAAUCAUUGAAAUACUUUUGCACAAGCGUAUUUUGCUUGUACGCACGUUUAUGGUCAUUUACACCAUUUUGCUAUUCACCAACAUAUCCAACUCUUGAAAUAUUCAACUACUCUUAUCUUCUUCAAUCACGAGAAUUGACAGUUGAUGAACGUGCUUUAUUUUCAGUAUGGGGCGAUAAUCAAAUAUCACCAAAACUUGUUCUAAAUUUCGAACAAUUUCGAGAAAACUUUAACGCUCGAUAUAACUAUAAAUUCUGGGAAACCGACAUUGACUGGAAUUUAUUUGUAAUUGCAGGUGGUUCGGUUACAUUAUCAUUAUUAAAACAAACAUCAUUACAAAAAGGAUCGGAUGUCGAUUUAUUUUUUCUGAAAAAAGGUUCAAAAUUAUUUCAACAAUCUGUGAGCAAAACCUUUUCACCAUUAAUCAUCAUGCAACUAAUUCGUCCAACACAUACUGCAUCAAAUGUCUCUCAAAUCAUUCAUUCAUUUGAUCUCGAUGUUUGUGCAGCAGCAUUUAAUUCUAAACAAGUAACGAUUUCAUUUGCUUGCUUACAAGCAUUAAAUUCAGGUCAUGCGACUUGUUAUGAUAUGCCAACAUCAUCAUCACAAUACAUGAGAAGAGUAGUACGAUUACUUAAAUAUGAACAACGAGGUUUCAACAUAUUAUACCCCAAACAGUUUGAUAUAAAUACAUUUCUCUCUACUCCUAUUGAAGAUUGUAAAGAAACUCAACCAGAACGAAUUUAUCGUUUUCGACGCCGACAUUUUGGAGAUAAUUGUGACCAUUUCUCUAUUCAAAAACAAUUUUGUGAAUACUAUCGUUUGAAUUAA